UCUUAUGUUCUUAUAAGGGAUUUCUGGUUUUGCUCAUUUGUUGUGUUUUUUUAGCUUGACACUAAACUCCAGGUGCCAUGCACUCCAGGGCGUAUUUGCUAUUGGAGAGAGAGUAUCUGGAGCUUCAGAAAGCUAAUCUUUUUGGCAUUUUUGCAGCACCAGUAAAUGACAACCUGCUGGAAUGGGUAGCCUGCAUCCGGGGUCUGAAGGAUUCUCUGUGGGAAGGGGGUGUUGUUCAGCUGUAUCUGCGAUACAGUGAGGGUUACAACUCUGUCCCACCAACCGUUGUAUUCAACACUAUCCCGUUCCAUCCAAACGUGGAUAAAGACUCUGGAAGACCAUGUAUCGACUUCCUUGACAGUAAAGAGGCUUGGAACCCCAGACUGUCCCUCACUAGCAUUCUACUCACAGUACAGGUAAUGCUGUCCAACCCCGCCCUGGAAAAUGCUGUAAAUACCGAGGCUGCAGAAAUGCUAAGGACGGAGCCAUCAAUAUUCAGACAAGUGGUGUUAGACUGUAUCAGCAAUAGCCUGCAGCUCCAGAGUGGAACCAGCAUCUCUGAGGACCACAUUGCAGUCCCACCAGAGUCACCAUCAGCAGGAUCCAGCGCUGAGCACUGCAGGACUGUCAAGAAAGUGUGUUUUGAAGAGUAUUUGAAAACCUGGUCUGGAAUUGCCACAUCAAAAGCAACACAACAUGUAACAAAUCCAUUGCUGGAGGAGUUAGUGUCGCAACCUGCUCUGUAUGCAAUGCAUUAUGGAUUGCAAGGAACAGGAAUCGCAGAGGAAGCAAAUGCACAAAAUGACACGUACAAUGCCAUCAUGUACGGACCAUGUGUUAAACCAAAAAAAAAACAGGUUACAAUAGAUGAAAAACUGGCAAAAAUCAACAAAAUGAAAAGGAUUUAUCUGCCAAGUAGAACACCAGAGGCCAGCACUCCGCUGCAGACAGAAUGGACAGGAAGACUGCCCUCUCACGACCCUCACUGCAGCAGUGGACACAAAGAGGAGCCCUGGGAGAUGGAGGUGGACAAUCUGGUUGCCUGGACCAACUCUCUCCACUUGGAAGAGUUAGAGGAAGAUUGACAAACAAAAACAACAAAAGAUAUCAGAUAAAAAAAACAUUGCAGCGAUCGUGUUGAACAUGAGGACCAUGUGAAAAAAACAAAUGUCUUAGUUUUGUUGUUCUGAAUAUCAAGGACCGAGUUCUAAUGACUCAAGAAGCCCACAUAUGGUGCACACAGAGGUGUCACAGCGACGGAGGCGUCCGCCUCCAACUCCUCUGGUUUCACUCAGCACAGAACAGAGGCACAGAAGGAGCACGCAGAAACCAGCGCUAAGCCUGUGGCAUUUAUAACAAUUUGAGUGUUCUCACUACUUACUUAGGCUGCUUCCUGCAUAUUAUAUAUUGUUGCAAAGUGCUUUUCAAAGAGAGUUGGGAUUUUAAGUAUGCCACAUGAAGGUGUACUGUAACUGUUUUCGUUGUUUUCUCAAAGUGCUGGAAUGCAUUGCCCGGUUUGGGCUGAGAGACUGAGAUCACACGGGUGUCCCAAAAUUGAAACAGCUACAACCACAUACCCUUUGUAAACAGGUAAGGUGUUGAUAAUCCGAGUUUACACAGGACAUAUCGAAGUACUCCUUAAUGCUUUGCGAUUUUUAAGUGAACAACCUUGCUUAAACAUAUAAUGUAACAGUACUGUACAUUGAACUUUUAUUUGAAAUAAAAAUGCUUCAUUAUCAUUAUUCUGGCCUGUAACUUGAAAUACAGAAAUAAACGAGUGAAUGUCCUUAUUAUUUA